AGUACGUUGAAUAAUUAGUCAGUUCUUCAGAAGGUUUACCACGCCUCUCUGUUUACAUGUCAAGUUCAAUAAUUUGUCAUCGCAACUGUCAGUAAGAUAUUCAAUACAUAUCUCUCAUAUGUAUAUAAAAGUAUAUUAGCGAAGGAUACAAAAUGCAUUACGGAAAAAAAUCACCUACAACGGGCACACCUUCUGUUUACUCACAUACAACUUCAAGAAGUAAUGCUAAUUUACACAGAUCUUCUAGAAGUUUAAAAUCUUUAAGAGUACCUUGGUAUCAACAGCCUUUAGUUCAAGAUGCAAUUUUUUUAGAUGUUCAACGAGCUUCUUUUGUUACAGCUAUAUUUUCAUUGGUGCUAUCAAUCUUUACAAUAAUAACAGCUUGUUUUGAUUUAUAUUGUUAUGCUAUGGCUGCACCAGGCUCUACACAUUAUGGAUAUUAUGUGAUAUCUUUCCAAUUUGUAUAUGUUGGAAAUAGACAUGUGAGAAAUACAUUGGUAAUGUUUGCUACAUUCUCUAUCCUGCUAUCUAUAGUGGUGUUUGUUACGAGCAUAAUGUUGAUAAAUGCUCUAAGAAAGGAGUAUGAAAAGAAGAUGCUACCAUGGUUAUACACGUUUGCAGUAUUCACAAUAUUUAGAUUUCUUGCGUACCUGUUUUUCUCUAUUAUAAAUGAUAUGAUAUUUGCUUAUAAUAUCAUCAUAUGCCUUUUAUGGACUAUCUUUAUUGUAUUAAGUGUAUAUGGAUGGGUUUUGGUGUAUUCACUAUAUAUUGAAUUAUCCGAACUAACAAGAUUGGAAGAUUUGGCACAUUUGAGGAUGGGCACUAUGCAAUCUCUAAACACAUCGACAGCCCCGUCUCUAGCGGGUUCUCGCCCAACGACCCCGCACAGUACAGUUUCGACGAUGCCGGCCUAGAGGAGAUACCUUUGGAUACAAUACCUGCAUAUUGGCCUCAGAAAACAAAACCGCCCAUUGUCUCAACUAUAUACUAAAUUUUUUAUACUUGGAAUAAUAAUAGGUAAUUCAUAUACAAUUGGGAUACAAUUUAGCUAUUAUUAUUUCCAGCUAUAUAUAAAUCAAAAUUAAUUGAACUAAAGUAAUAUUCAAAUUUUUUCAUAAAGAUCAAAAGAUAUUAUGAGGAUACCUUUUGUGGUAGAUCCUUUCAGUGUGGCUUACCAUAAGAUAUUUCAUUCAUAUGCUUGAUUCCUACUGAAAGUAUAAAUUAUUUAUAUUGUAAGUUGAUACCUUUUAUUCAAUCUGUGGAAAGAAUUAUGUAACUAUUUCUUGUUUUAAUCAAAUCUUGCAUCUUAUUUAUGCCCUUAUUAAAUAUUGACAAAACGCUCCAUUCCAAAAUUGUUGAUUAAUACUACUUCUGCAUUGAUACAGACUGUGUAAUUUUUUAAAUUAAAAUUCUUUUCGUGUAAAUUUUAAUAUUGAAAAAUAUUUAUUCAAAAUUUCCUUAUUUUCACAUCUAAAUAGAUGUACAAAUAAUUGAAUUAUCAAAAUUGCUAUAUAAGACUAAAUGAAAAUUAUCGCCAUAUUAAGACACAAAUUAUUUUUAGUUGUUAUAUUUUACUCUUAGAUAACAAUAUUUGUAUAUACUUGGACCAUUUUUCAUAGUAUUAUUGAGAUGAUGAGCACAAUUAUUUCCAUGAAAGGUAGAUGAUGGAUUCUUAAAUUAUUAUGUUACAUUUUACUAUGUCUGAAUGGCUUUUUUAAGGUUUUAAUUAUUCUUAAGUUGCAAGCUGUCAUUUAAAUGUCUUAUUGAAAUUCUGGGAAGCAUAUUUUGCGUUUUUACCCCUUUCAAUACCAGUUUUUUCUUUUCCAAAAGAAAGGGUAAAUUAUAACUUUAAAGUGUCAAAUAAAGUAGAAAUAACAAUAUUCUACCCCUCUUGUAAAAAUUUUAAAUGUCCCACUGGUCUUUAACGAUAUAAAAUACAGUUGAAAUUUCUGUUUACUGGUUCAAAAAAAUAUGUAUUAGGUGACAAUUUUUUACAGUAUAUAUGAUACAAUUUCCUACUUAUAAUACAACGCAAAACAGUUCUUGCAGAGUGCAAUAUUUAUCAUGAGUUAAUGUUGCAUUUGAAGGUCGACCCGAUUUUUUUAUUUUGACAGUUACAUAUUCUUCUUCUUGUGCCAUAAUUGAUUCGGCAAAGGGGACAAUGAAUUGCAACAGAGACAUUUUCUUAUUUUUCACUUCUUGAAAUAUUAUAUGUGCCUUUACAACGGCCGUCGUCAAAAGUUUAUAGAAUACCUUUUUCCACCACUUUGUAGAUCUUCUGUCAAAGUCAUAUAGUUGGAAAAAAAACUUUCUUUGAAUCUUGCCAUCUUGCUGCUAUAGUACCUUUUCUAUUUUGAAUAAAUUCUGCAUCCACUUUUUGUAGUUUUGUAGCUUCAUUGCUCAUCGAAGAAUUGUUAGACCAAUAAUCUGAAAUAUUCAGCAUUCGACAAGCAUAACUCCCAAAACCAGCAUUAUUUCUGAAGGGUCUGUCAGAAAUUACUACUUUUUUCCCAGCUCAAUAUUUCAAGACGCUGGUUGGUACACUGGGAAAUAAAAAUCAGAGACUUCGUGGAAAUACAGAUGUAAAGCACCUUGGUUUAUUAGAUUAUCUGUUGAAUUGUGCUUAAAUUGCAGUUGAACAGAUUUAGGAAAUAUGAAGCCGUGGCUCAAAAUCUAUGGCAGCUUCUUCGUUACCUUGUACUUUCGUUUUAAUACUUGUUCUUUAUCUUCGCCAAGAUUUUGAAGAAUGCUCAAUAUACGACAGAUUUCGUUCAGGAACCCUGGUUUGUUUUGAAGUUCCUUGAUUUUGUCCCAAUUCUUCAUAACUAUAACUAUGACAGAGCAGCAAGGCACAUAUUCUUUAUCUGCAUCUGAGUCUUCCUAUUAUAUAUAUAUAUAUAUAUAU